AUGGUCCGGAAAACUCGUUCUCAGCAAUAUCAGGCUGAUGAUGAUUUCCCCGCUACCCAACAAUCCGUCAAUGAUCUGCAACAACAAGUCGCAAAUCUCACCGCCGCAGUGGCUGCGUUGGCAACUCAACACGCCGCACCAACUAUUCCCCGCCGCAAUAACGACCAACUUUCUAACCAGUUCAAGGGUUCAACCGUCGCCGAGGAGCUCCUUGAUUGGUUUGUAACCGUAGAAGAAAUUCUCGAAUUCAAGCAAAUUCCAUUAGAUCAAUGUGUCCCCCUUGUUGCAAUACGUUUCCGCGAUCGAGCAGCAGCAUGGUGGUCGCAAAGCAAGACAACUCGAGCUCGGCAUGGGAAAACAAAAAUCUCAACUUGGGAUAAACUCAAGCGUGAGAUGAAGAAAAUAUUUUUGCCGUAUAACUAUGAUCAACUAAUGUUUCAGAAAUUUCAGAACUUACGGCAAGGAACAAGAACAGUCGAUGAAUACGCAACGGAGUUCUUCAAGAUGAUCAACCGCGUGGAGUUACGUGAUACCGAACAACAGGUGGUCACAAUAUUUGUUGGCCGUCUUCGCCAGCAAAUUCAAUUCAUAAUAAAUCUGUUUCGCCCUCAAUCGAUCUCAGAAGCUCAUCAGCAAGCCUUGACAGUCGAAGCUCAAUCUCGUAAUGGAUUCCAGGCUUGGGGCUCCAACAGACAGACUCGCUCCACGACAACAACCCCGACAAACACAACGACUCCUAGCUACACAAACUUAGCGAAGACUGAUACAGCUAUCGUUGCUGCAGAUACGCUAAAACAAAACCGUCCUGUUGAGUUUAGGUGUUUUACUUGUGGAGAGGCGGGUCAUCGCCAGUCAGCAUGCCCCAACAGAGCUCGGUCUACUUGUAGAUGA